UGUUACAUCAUAAAGAUAUUGGUUGUUUCAAUAGACGUAUUUUAUUUGUCGGUUAAAUAAGUUCAAUUCUUUCAGAUCUUCCCCGUAUUUCCUUAUCUUUUGGACCUAUUUACGUGGAAGAAGGAACCAAUGUAACCCUGCCAAAGUGUCAUGUGACAGGACACCCCACACCAACGAUCACGUGGGUAAAAGUCCUUGGUAUGUUUCCUGCUCGUCGUACCGUCAUAAAUGGCAGCCGUUUAACUUUAUACUCUGUGGAAAAACAGGACACAGGAAUAUAUGUCUGCCAAGCUUCUAAUUUCCUUGGGUUGUCUAUUAGGAAAACUCAAAUAAAUGUUGUGACAUUGCCCAAAUUCACCACCACCCCUCCCUACUCAGUUAUGUUGUUAGUUGGUGAAAGUCUGAGACUGGACUGUGUAGCUACAGCAGAUCCUCCUGCUAGGAUUUCUUGGAAUAAAGACAACCAACAAUUGUCAUCUGAUGAUAGAAUACGGGUCCAUGAGAAUGGAAGUCUGACCAUAACAAGAUUGAAGACCGCUGACUCUGGGACUUACGUCUGUCAGGCUAUCAGUGCUGGGGUUUUCACCGCGAGAACCGAUACUAAAGUUGUCGUAUCAAUAUUAAAAGAUCUAAAGUUUACUAGAAGAACAACUAGUGAUUACGUCAUUAUCAAAGGCAUCCCCAGCAUGUCGUCCGUGACGUUCUGCUUCUGGUUGAAGACCACUGUUGGUGAUACUGUCAUAAGUUACGCUGUACCUGGAAGUACUAAUGAAUUGAUAUUUUUGACGACCAGUAAUUUUGGUUUAUACAUAGGAGGAUCCUCGUGGGGUACCGGUGUAGCUGCAAACGAUGACAGAUGGCAUCACAUGUGCACGACGUGGAGCAAUAAUGCUGGACAGGUGUUAGUUUAUAAAGAUGGCAUCGUUGCUGCAAGAAAAACAAACUUCAUGACAGGUCAGGUGAUCAGAGGAGGCGGUACACUCAUCAUAGGACAAGAACAGGACAGUGUGGGAGGAUCCUUUUCAGCCUCACAGUGUUACAUCGGUGACCUUACCGGGCUGAAUAUAUGGAACAGAGUACUGGGACCUAACGAGAUAUCUACCAUGUCACGUGACUGUGGUGCUGGUGAAGGCAAUGUGUUGAGCUGGAGUGACGUCAUCUCUAGUAAUCGCCAAGGUCAAGUACAGCUCGUCAAACCAUCCACAUGUAGUAUGUAAACAGCAUUAAUGACUGAGGACUUAUUGAAGAGAAUUAAAGGUGUAUAUGAUGUAUGAGGGGUAGGCAGCCGGGGUCUGUAGGAAGUCUUCAGGGUACUUAACGAUCUCGUGUAGGUGGUACAAGGGAUUGUGGGAUUGAAUAUGUUGACGAGAUAAAAAAGCUUCGCCAUCUCGCAUCCACAGUCAAUCUCACAAUCCUAUGCAUCACGAGGUUAAUAUCAGGACUAAUCAUGCAGGUAAUUUUCGUAAUCUUUCUUUCUUUUCUUAAUUCUCUCCUAGCAUCGCUUAGAAAUGGAGUUUGAUAUAUUGGGCAAGAAGCUAACUACCAACCAGUAUAUGCCAUAUAGUAGUGCUAAACACCUAUCAGCCAGUAUAUGCCAUAGAGUAGUGCUAAACACCUAUCAGCCAGUAUAUGCCAUAUAGUAGUGCUAAACACCUACCAGCCAGUAUAUGCCAUAUAGUAGUGCUAAACACCUANCAGCCAGUAUAUGCCAUAUAGUAGUGCUAAACACCUACCAGCCAGUAUAUGCCAUAUAGUAGUGCUAAACACCUAUCAGCCAGUAUAUGCCAUAUAGUAGUGUUAAACACCUACCAGCCAGUAUAUAGCCAUAUAGUAGUGCUAAACACCUAUCAGCCAGUAUAUGCCAUAUAGUAGUGCUAAACACCUACCAGCCAGUAUAUGCCAUAAUAUUACAGCCAUUUUCAUAAUCAAUGCGACCAUGAAAAAUGCUAGUCAUCUGGGUUCCAGGCUAUCACAAAUUAAAUUUUCAGCGGAUCGUGA